UCUCACAAAUUCCAUAACCAUAUUCCUCUGUAUCUCCUCAAACGACAACAAAUCAAUAACGACAAAUUCACACCCCCCCCUAACCCGCAUUGUUGCCAACACAACCAUGGAAAAUUCAUCAAAAGAAACCCUUUAAUUCAUCAAUGAUUCUCUCCUCUCCGAUGAUGAUAGAACAAAAACCCUAGACAAAACUAGAAAACCCACCUUAACAAUCAGUUUAGAUAUACACAAAACCAAGAGAAUCAAGCAGAUUAUCAUGGGUUUUUGAGGAAUUCGAAAACCCAGUUGGGGUUUUGAAGUUCUUGUGUCAGCUGUUCUUAGAGGAGAGGUUAGAGGAGUUUAUAGGCUGUUUCUGCUGUUCUGAAAAGAAGAAUCACGGUGGUGGUGAAUGGCAGGAAUGGUUCAAGAUGAGGGAUCAUCAUCUGUAACUUCAUCACCCCUUCAAUUCUUCUCCCUGAUGUCUCUCUCCCCUAGCUUAGGAUCACCUUACCCAUGGCUCAGAGAGCUUAAAUCCGAGGAGCGUGGGUUGUAUCUCAUCCAUCUGUUGUUGUCCUGUGCCAAACAUGUCGCAUCCGGUAGCCUCGAGAAUACGAAUAUCACACUGGAGCAAAUCUCACACCUUGCCUCACCUGAUGGAGAUACUAUGCAGCGCAUUGCUGCCUACUUCACCGAGGCGCUCGCAGACCGGAUUCUCAAGGCCUGGCCUGGCCUGCACAAAGCUUUCAAUUCUACAAGAAUAUCUUCAGUCUCCGACGGAAUUAUAGUUCGAAAAUUGUUCUUUGAGCUCUGCCCCUUCUUGAAAGUUUCUUAUCUGAUCACCAACCAGUCCAUCAUAGAAGCGAUGGAAGGGGAGAAGAUGGUACAUAUCAUUGAUCUCAACUCUUCAGAGCCUGCACAGUGGAUUGCACUCCUUCAGGUAUUGAGUGCACGACCUGAAGGCCCACCCCAUUUGAGAAUUACAGGUAUUCAUCAACAGAAGGAGGUAUUGGAACAAACAGCUCUUCGUUUGACUGAAGAAGCUGAAAAAUUGGAUAUACCAUUUCAAUUCAAUCCUGUAGUUAGCAAGUUAGAGAAUCUCGAUGUUGAAAGCUUGCGAGUUAAGACUGGAGAGGCAUUGGCAAUUAGCUCUGUCCUUCAACUGCAUUCCCUCUUGGCAUCAGAUGAUGAAAUCCUCAGGAUUAAAUCCCCAUCUGCUUCCAAGAAUUCAAAUUCAGUUCACCUGCAGAUGAACCAGAGCAGUUUGGGUGGAUUGCUUGAUAAAGAUUUGGUCAAUGGGUACAACGCCAGUCCUGACUCAGCAUCUUCAUCCCUGUUAUCUGUAUCUGCUUCGGCAAAGAUGGAGAGCUUCCUCACUGCCCUCUGGGGGCUAUCACCAAAAGUAAUGGUAGUUACUGAGCAAGAAUCGAACCAUAAUGGAUCCACCUUGAUGGAGAGACUCUUGGAAGCACUUUACUUCUAUGCAUCACUCUUUGAUUGCUUGGAAUCAACAGUAUCAAGGGCUUCAAUGGAGCGAAUGAAGGUAGAAAAGAUGCUCUUUGGGGAAGAAAUUAAGAAUAUUAUUGCAUGUGAGGGAGCUGAGAGGAAGGAAAGGCAUGAGAAGCUUGAGAAGUGGAUCCGGAGGAUGGAUUUUGCAGGGUUUGGGAGGGUGCCUUUGAGCUACUAUGCUCUGUUGCAAGCAAGGACACUGUUGCAAAGCUAUGGUUGUGAUGGAUAUAAGAUCAAAGAAGAGAACGGCUGUUUAGUAAUUUGCUGGCAAGAUCGAGCCCUGUUUUCUGUUUCAGCUUGGAAGUGUAGGAGGUAAGAUUGAUCAUUUUUCGACAGUGAGCUUUUCUCUUCCAUGUAGAAAGGGUUUUGGAGUUUUCCUCUUCUUUUUCUUUUUUUUCUUCUAAUUUUGCAUAGUAGUCUGUGGAAGGGUUUGAAGUUAUUCUUCAUCCUCUGUUCUAAAUUUUGUUUGUUUAGGUAUUAGCCAUCCUCUUUUUCGGUUUUCUUUUAGACUCAUACUUAGCCUUGGUGUGCUUGUUUGAUACAAAAUUACCAAUGUUUGAAUUUCAUGA